AUGCCGGCAGGGCACUUGGCCAAUGGGGAGCGCUGUUACGCGGUUGCCAGCCGGCCGGCUUGGUCCGCUAUCUCUGCCGCGGGAUCAGCUGUCCCUGCUCCAGCGGCAGCCGCGCGGCGCCCUCCUGGCCGGGAGAUGGAGACUCCCAGGAGCUGUGUUUGUACCAGGUCGGGUGGCGGUUUGGGAGUCGGUACCUGUGGGGAGGACAGUUUCCUGUAUUUUGCUUAUGGCAGUAACCUGCUUCGGGAGAGGAUCCUGCUAAAAAACCCAUCUGCCACUUUCUAUGCUGUAGCCAACUUGCAGGAUUUUAAACUCGUUUUUGGCAAUCAUCAAGGCAAAGCAAGUUCUUACUGGCAUGGAAGUACAGCUACCAUUGUUCAAAGCCCUGGAGACGAAGUGUGGGGAGUAGUAUGGAAAAUGAACACUAGCAAUUUAAAUUCGCUGAAUAAGCAAGAAGGAGUUGAAGAUGGUAUUUACAGUCCAAUAGAAGUCAACGUUCCAACUCAAGAGGGAAAAGUACUGACCUGUCGAAGUUAUCAGAUGAAUGAUUGUGUCUGUGAUCUCCCAUCACCACAGUAUAAAAAAGUCAUCUGUAUGGGUGCAAAACAGAAUGGCUUGCCAACUGCCUAUCAGAAGAAAUUAGAAGCUAUAGAAACGAACAACUAUGCAGGACCAUUAUCAAUCUUUGAAGAAAUUGAAGCUGCUAUUAAAGAGAAGGAAACAACAACUCAGUAGAAAAGGCUGAAUGAGUAAAGGCGUGGAAGGCAAGCACCUCCAGACUGCUGCAAUAGUUGGAGAGGGGAAGGAAUCCAAACCCAAGAACAAUAAAACUUGUCAAGUGGGCUCACUAAAGAACAGCAGACAUAUUGACGGCCUUGG